CGGAGGCGGUGCCGCGGCCAUUCCGGCCCGGCUGGCUGAGGGGACGCGCCGCCGCCGCCGCCGCCGCGAUGGUCUCCUGGAUGAUUUCGCGGGCUGUCGUGCUGGUGUUUGGGAUGCUGUAUCCUGCAUAUUACUCAUACAAAGCUGUGAAGACAAAAAAUGUGAAGGAAUAUGUUCGCUGGAUGAUGUAUUGGAUUGUGUUUGCUCUUUAUACAGUUACUGAAACAAUAACCGACCUAACAGUCUCUUGGUUUCCACUGUACUAUGAGCUGAAGAUAGCUUUUGUUAUUUGGCUCCUUUCCCCAUAUACUAGAGGGGCAAGUUUAAUCUACAGAAAAUUUCUCCACCCGCUUCUUUCUUCUAAAGAAAGGGAGAUUGAUGAGUACAUCGUACAAGCCAAAGAAAGAGGCUAUGAGACCAUGGUGAAUUUUGGAAGGCAAGGGUUGAAUUUGGCAGCAACUGCUGCAGUGACAGCAGCUGUAAAGAGUCAAGGUGCGAUAACAGAGAAACUGAGAAGUUUCAGUAUGCAUGAUUUGACUACUAUACAAGGAGAUGAGCCAGUAGGACAGAGACCCUAUCAGACAUUACCAGAAGCAAAAAAGAAAACCAGAGCCUCUGCAAGUGAAUCUUCAGGUUACAAAACUCCACUGGAAAAAAAUCCUGGAGAUGACAAAACAGAUGAAGAGGUGGAGGGGACACACUCAGAGGAUGAAAUGUUUGCUCAGAGAGGCCUUCGAAGAACUCAGAGCAUGAAGUCUGUGAAAACUAUUAAAGGCCGUAAAGAGAUACGGUACGGAUCACUGAAAUACAGAGUGAAGAAAAGACCCGCUGUAUACUUCUAAGUGUAUUGCACAAUGCCUGCAAGAAAAAACUGCUGUAUUAUAAUAACUUGAAUUCAGUGUGUCAAGUGUUAAAGAUCUGUGUAUGGUUCAUAUGAUGAGUAUAUACGAUAGGACUUGGGUGUAUGAACCUAAAUGGUUGGAUAAAGUACUACUCUGCUUUUCUGUAAUUGCUUUUUGUUUUGACUUAAAUCUGGACAAAUUAUAGUGUGAAUUUCAGCACUCUUUAAAUGGGAGUUAAAUGAGUGACAGGAAACAGCCUCUUUCCAGAGGCACUGAAUAGACUGAAAUAAUUACAACUCCAUUUGAAUUAGCAGAAGUUGUAAGUGUUUGGAACUUGUGAAAAAUGAACCCAUAGUGUCCCCAAGUUUACAUGGAAAGAUAGGUAUACUUGAAAUAUUUUUUCUGAACUACAGUUCCUGACAAGGCCUUUGUGUAAUCUAAAUAUGUACAGUUUGAAGUACAGUGGAUGAUGGUGGGGAAGGAAAAGGAGAGACGAGGUAGAUGUGGUACAUCCUUAAGAUCAUCUUCUUGCAUCACGUUGCCAAGCUUAACAAACUUAGAUAAUACUAAUAGGUGCGAACUGGGGGUACAUUUAGCACUUUAUGCAAAACUGUAUGGUUUUGCACACUUACUGAUUUACAGCUGCACAUGUCAUUUUAGUGACUUCUUAGGUGGGUCAGACGUAUCUUUUGAAUGCCAGCAAUUCUUGCAUUUCGUGAUUUUUUUUUUUUUUUUAAAUUUAUCUUGAUUGCUUAAGUAAACUUAGGAUGCUGUAGAAAAUUGCUACUAACACUUAACAUUAUAAGGUGCCUUUCUAUGUAUUACAAGGCUGUGUAGUUUUUUGUCUGUGUGGGUUGUUCUGUUUUUGUUCUGUAGCUGUUUUUUUGGUUUUGUUUUGUCUUUGUCUGUCUUCUUCCUUUACCUAGAGAGAUGUAAUAUAAUUUUCAAUCAGUUUUUGGUUAAAAUUGUGGUAAGUAAAACUUGUAGCAAUUCCAGUGAUAGACCUCAGGGAUCUGACCAGCCCACCAGCUGCGUAUGAGAAGUCAUGCUGACAUGAAGGCAUGUAUGAUAGAUUAUUCAGGUCCUGGUUUGGUUUUGUUCUGCAUUGCUUCAAGAAAGAAUAUAUAAAAAACCCCACGUAUGCGUGUAUAUUUCAUCAUAUGUGGAUUCUGAAAUUGGCUGUGUAGUACUUCUAUUGCUCAAGUUAUUACUAAGAUAGUUAUAUACAAAUAGCUUUUUCUAAAAGUCUAGCUGAUUUAGUCAGCCAUUUUAUAGCAUAGAGUCCCAUGACAUACCUGUUUGUACAGAGAUUAAUUUUGGAAUGUCAUUCAAGGCAUUCAAGACUUGUAGAAAUUAUAUUUUGAGGUCCCCUUUGGUUCUGUUCUCUGCCAUUCUGAGAAAUAGGCUGUUUUUAGUUUUCUGUGUGACUAUUUCUACUGCGGGUUAAGGGAAAAAACACCCACUUUUUGUAGACAGUAUGUUAUUAUUUGGCGUGGAGAGAGAUGGUGUUACUUGCCUUGAAGAGAAAAUGGUGUGUGAUCCCUCUUAUCCUUGGAUCUCAGACUCCAGUCCUCAGACCUUCCCCCAGGUAUGACAGUCAUCUGCAAGACUACUACAGCGCUUUUAAACUUAUUUCUAGGGCUUGGGCCUGCUGCAGUUCUUUUUAUAUUACAGCCAUAGUGGCUUCACUGCUGAUAGGCACUUAAUGAUCUCUUACUAUAUACUGGCAUUUGAAGUAGUCUUCUGUAGACUUGGAGCCAGGGUUUGAAUCGUAUGGAUAAAAAUGCAGCUGGUCUGUAUUGGCAUUGCGUUGCUUGCUGUUAGAGGCGUUUGUAAGCCAAGUGCAAAGCCUUGGUCAAAUACAACAGUAGUGAUGACGCAGUGCUUUUAGCAUCUCCGAGGAAGUUAAAUGCUUUAGUAAGACACUGCAACAGUCCAUAUGUGAUUAAAAGGCUGAAGUUUGUAUUACUUCACUUGAAGACACAGUUUUGUACCAGAAUACAGGAAGGCUGCUCCCUCCAGAAUGAGUACACUGUAAAAAUCCCAUCCUCUACCCGAAACCACAACUUGUGAUCUCACUUUUAUAAGGAGCUGUUGUCCAUGGGGGAGGCAGUGAUCAGAAAGGCAGCCUCCCCAGGGCCUGGUUCCUCUCUUGUGCCCCAGGAAUGUUUGUGCUUCUCAUCUGUCUCCCCGAAGGUAGGGAAAGGCUUGUCUGUGUGUUGAGCUAUGUAAGACGUCAGGGGAAACUGAGGCUUUUGUGUUUGCAUCUCAUCCCUCUCUGAAAAUUAGUCUACCCUGGGCCUUGGGUGGAAUCUCUAACUCUUACUUUCCAGUUGAACGUCCUCCUUGAGCUCCUGAUGCCGCACCUUGCUUUAACUCAUUGUAUUUGUUUUAUCAGCAAGCAUGGCAAUAAAAUUGUCAUCUUUCUACAGAAGUCCUGCAUGAAGGAGCAGGGUAAGGCCUUCUUUCAGAAUUACCAUUCCUGUUCUAGGUUCAUGUAGAUCCUGUUUUGGGGGUUGUGUUCUUUUCACAUCUCCAGGGCUAGAGAUCAUUUGAGUAGCUUGGCCUCUACCACGCUUAUGGUCAGUAAGUUGUGCUACAUGUCGUUAUGUACUUGAGGCUGUAACUUCUGGCAGACUUAACUUGCUAAUUAAGUAGUGACAAAGGCUAAAUAAGAACUCUCCUUUUUCUGAACUAUGCAUGGAACUAGGGAAGCUGGCAGUAUUAUUCAUAUUCAUCACUGUUUGCGUUUUACUGUACACUUGUGUCCUCUCAGAUACUCUUAAGUGAUAAAAAUUCCAGGAUUUUCCUGGCUGUGUUUUUCAGUCUAACAUCCUGCUGCAAGAUUCUUUUCUUGACAGCCUGAUUUUCUUCUUCAAUUCAUCCUGAAACUGGUUCACUGUAUUAUCUUAAUUUUUUUUUUUCUUUGCUGUUUAUUGUCAGUUGAUGCUUGGCAGGGCACAAUGGCAUGAUUAGCUUUCAUCCCGAUAAUACGUAUUUCCCUCUGCUCGUUGAAUUUAGUUUGGUUUGGUUUUGAAACAUUACACAAUCUUUUAAACUUUGUGUACAUGGGUUUUUCAAACUUUUUUGCCUUAGCAACUGCAAAAGUCAUCUGUCUAGCUCUUGCCAGUAAACUUCUUGGAAAAAUGUUAAACAAAAAUCAAAUUUUAACUUAACGUUCUUUUUGCUUUUGGGAUGUGAAAUGUAGCUCAUGUCAAAUUAGAUAAAUUUACAAACAAAGUAUUUCCUGAGAAUUGGCUGCCACCAACAGGACUGCUAAUAUAGUUAAAGAAAAAACUAUGUAGAGGUUAAAGGUACUUUAUAAAAGAGAAUAUGUAGUCUUAAAUCAUGUACAGGUUUCAAGCCUUUCCAAAACAUAUCUGAAUUGACUCAGAUUUCUUAUCAAGAGCCUCCUGUAUGUGUUAAAAUAGUUUGAGAUGAGGAUUAAAUUGAUGGCCUCAAUUGCAAAUAAGUUUAGGCCAGACUCUGAUUACAAGGUAAUUGCCAAUACUAGCUACUUUAAUGCUAAUUCCUUUGCUAUGUGAAAAUAACUGACUAUUAUCCAAGCCACUUUCUGCAAACUGUAAUGAAUUUUAAAAUGAACAGAAGAUAAUUUGGUUAAACAGAAUGGUGGAGUAAAUGCUAGACGCAUUUAACACACUGUUCAUGACAGAAGAUGUGUUUUGGUUUUGGUGUUGCUUUUAUUAAGGGAAGUUGAUAUUUUAAGGUAUUUUUCUACAAAAAUGUGUAUGCGCAAAGGUAAUACUUCUAACAUUUUUCAAGAACUCGUGUUUUUAAAUGUUACAGACCAGAGACUGUCUACAUUGGGACUGAAUUUAGUAGCUUUAAAAAAAAAAUGCAAUGUAAGCUUUAAUUUUUAUAUUGUAAUAAUAACUUGCUGUCAACUUGUUUACAUAUUUGUAGGAGGGAAAGCUUCAUUAUGCAUUGACGUAUCUUGAUACUAUCUUUAAUAAAUGCUGCUUUGAGCAGGA